AUGGAAAUGCAGUGUCAAUUACUCAACAAGUGCAACUUGACAUUUUUACUGCUAUGUUUAGUGGCGUUUCAAUUGGCGGCGUGUUGUACGCGUGCACCAACACACCUACCGCAUGGCAGACGCUCGCGCGGCGACAACGGUUAUAGAUUAAUUGUGGCUGAGGGUGCCAAUGGCUAUGUGCCGGGCGAAACCUACACGGUUCUCUUGAUCGGUGCCCAAACUCAUGAAAAGGUUCAACAUUUUACCCAUUUCGCAAUCACCGCUGAGGCGCAUAUUGCCCGCCGUCGUGCACAACCCGCAAGCCCAAAGCGUGUGGGAGGAUUUAUACUCUUCAGUGAUGCUCUAACAAAAUUCAGCGAUCGUUGUGUCAAUACCGUGCAGGAGGCAGAUGACUUACCCAAAACUGAAGUACAAGUCAUGUGGGUGGCACCACCUGCAGGCUCUGGUUGUGUUUCCAUAUCGGCUAUGGUCUACGAGGGUCCUCGCGCAUGGUUCUCCGAUGACGGACAAUUAACACAGAUCGUUUGUGAGCGUAAAACCAAUGUACACACCGUCAAAAAGGAAUGCUGCGCUUGUGAUGAAGCUAAAUACAGUUUCGUCUUUGAGGGUAUUUGGUCCAAUGAAACACAUCCCCAUGAUUAUCCGUUCGCCGUUUGGUUGACGCAUUUCUCAGACGUUAUUGGAGCUUCACAUGAGGCAAACUUUUCGUUCUGGGGUGAAAAUCAUAUUGCUACCGACGGUUUUCGAUUCUUAGCGGAAUUCGGUUCGCCCACGGCUUUGGAAACUGAAUUGAGAGCACGUGGACCACGCUUGAGGACACUUAUAAAAGCUGCCGGUCUAUGGUAUCCGAAUGUGAAUACGAAUACGUCUUCCAAAUUUCGUGUUGACCGCACGCAUCCAAAGGUGUCAUUGGUAUCCAUGUUUGGUCCUUCUCCGGAUUGGGUCGUUGGUAUCAGCGGUGUUGAUUUGUGUACUGAAGAUUGCUCUUGGAAGGAGUCGCUAGACUUUGAUCUCUACCCAUGGGAUGCAGGCACUGACAGUGGCAUUAGUUAUAUGUCGCCUAACUCGGAAACACAACCACGUGAGCGCAUGUACCGUAUUACUACGAUGUACCCCGAAGAUCCACGUUCRCCAUUCUAUAAUCCAAAAAGCAGCGACAUGACACCGUUGGCAAAGUUGUACAUUAGACGCGAGAAAAUUAUCUCUAGAAGCUGUGAUGCCAAUUUCUUAGAAGCCUUACAGCUAGAUGUAUCUGACGAUGUGGAGGAACAAGACAUCAGACCUGAAUGCCGUUUAACUCCAUACACGGACUGGAGUCCUUGCUCCGUUACUUGUGGUAAGGGCAUACGCAAGCGUACGCGUGAAUAUGUGAACCCAGAAGCGGCCGCUGCUGCUGAUUGUUCACGUCAAACGGUGUCAAAGGAAAUGUGUGCAGCGCCCAUAGAUGAAUGCAACCAAUCGCAAGAUCAUGAUGAUGAUGAAGGUGAGAAUUUAGCACACGCCUUAGCUUUGGUAACAGAUGAUGGUGAGGGCGCCGGUGUAUGCAAGACUACCCAAUGGAGUGUUUGGUCCGAAUGUUCGGCCAGUUGCGGCAUUGGCAUUACAAUGCGCACGCGCACUUUCAUUGAUCACACCGGUCGUAAACAUUGUCCACAUAUUAGCACAGUCGAGAAACAAAAGUGUAUGCGUCCCGAUUGCACCUACGAAGAGGUAGAACUACCCGAUCCGAUGUGCCCGACAACACAAUGGAGUGACUGGAGUCCGUGUACAGCCACUUGUGGACGUGGUGUUACCAUACGUACGCGACUCUUGCUAUUGGAGAAUGGUGCAGUGAAGGAUAAUUGCACUCGGCGUAUGGAAUUAAAUCAGCAAAAGCAGUGCAACGUGCCACAGGAUUGCACCAUUAACAUGGAAAUGGCAAAAGAUAUAUGUGUGCAGCGUGCGGAUAGUGGUCCAUGCCGUAGCUCAUAUAAACGCUAUGCUUACAAUCGUGACAGCGGGCGUUGUGAGAGUUUCACCUAUGGCGGCUGUCGUGGCAAUCGCAAUAACUUCCUCACCGAGCGCGAUUGCUUAAAUGCUUGCAGUAUGCUGCAAUCGGCAGAAACAACCAACCCCCAUUUCAUAACCGCCAAGCGCGCACAAACAAGCACUUAUCAGUCGCCAGCAUUUSAAACCGUAGAUUGUAUUAUGUCUGAAUGGUCUAACUGGUCGGAAUGUAGUGUUAGCUGCGGUACAGGCUAUUCCAAUCGUAGCAGAUAUGUUAUUAAAGAACCCAGAAAUGGUGGACAACCAUGCCCGAAGCGUAAGGUGAAGGUACGAAGCUGCGUAAUGGCUGAUUGUUGAGCAGAAUAGCUGAGUUCGGAAGUGAAUGCUGAAGUAUCUCGCACUUGCUUAAGUAACGUGAAGAACAAAUAUACAUGCAAAUGCCCUGUGUACUUGAAAAUAAUAUGAAGAGUUUUAAUAUAUUUUCAAUAAAAUCUGCAAUCUUGAAAAAUCUGCAUUACAAGAAGAUAAA